UGCAUCCUAUAGAACAGACCAUGAAGUUGAAGGAACUUGAGAAGCCUGCUGUCCAAGCAUGGAGCCCAGCCGGCCAGUACCCUGUGUAUCUGGCCACAGGAACAUCUGCCCAGCAACUAGACGCUUCCUUUAGCACAAGUGCCACAUUGGAAAUAUUUGAGGUUGAUUUCAGGGACUCUUCUCUGGACUUGAAACACAAAGGAAUUCUUUCUGUCUCAAGCAGGUUUCACAAGCUAAUCUGGGGAAGCUUUGGCAAUGGGCUUCUGGAAAACCCUGGGGUUAUUGCUGGUGGAGGAGACAAUGGCAUGCUUACUCUGUACAGUGUGGCCCACAUCCUUUCUUCAGGAAAGGAACCCUUGAUUGCCAAGAGACAGAAACACACAGGGGCUGUCAGGGCCCUGGACUUUAAUCCCUUCCAGAGCAAUCUCCUGGCUUCAGGAGCCAGUGAUUCUGAAAUCUUCAUUUGGGAUUUGAACAACCUGAGUGUUCCAAUGAUCCCUGGAUCCAAGUCACAGAACCCCCCAGAAGACAUCAAAGCAUUAUCUUGGAACCGCCAAGUCCAGCACAUUCUGUCUUCUGCUCACCCCAGUGGCAAAGCAGUUGUGUGGGAUCUCAGGAAGAAUGAGCCCAUCAUCAAAGUCAGUGACCACAGCAGCAGAAUGAACUGCUCAGGCCUGGCUUGGCACCCAGACAUAGCCACCCAGUUAGUGCUGUGCUCAGAAGAUGACCGGCUCCCGGUGAUUCAGCUGUGGGACCUGCGCUUUGCCUCCUCCCCCCUGACAGUGUUGGAAAGCCACAGCAGGGGGAUCUUGUCGAUGUCAUGGAGCCAGGCUGACUCUGAACUGGUGCUUAGCAGUGCCAAAGACAACCAGAUCUUUUGUUGGAACCUGGCAAGCAGUGAGGUGGUAUACAAGCUACCCACACAGAACAGCUGGUGCUUUGAUGUCCAGUGGUGCCCCCAGAACCCUCCUGUGUUCUCUGCGGUCUCCUUCGAUGGCUGGAUCAGUUUGUACUCUGUGAUGGGUAGGAGCUGGGAGGACCAGCACAUGAGGCAGCCUGACAAGAUUUCCUCUUCAUUUAGCAAAGGUAAGCCUCUGCCACUGAUGUGUGUGCCUGAGCCAGCUCCGUUAAUACCUCCCUUGAAGAAGCCUCCCAAGUGGAUGAGAAGGCCAGCAGGCGUUUCCUUUGCUUUUGGGGGAAAGCUGGUUACUUUUGGCCUUCCCAGCAUCCCAGUCCAGCGGAUGCCACAGCCUUGUCCCCGCCCUGUCUACAUCAGUCAAGUCGUCACAGAAUCAGAAUUUCUGAUGCAGUCAGCCAUGCUGCAGGAGGCCUUGAGAUCUGGAAAUCUUCUUAAUUAUUGUCAGAGCAAGAUUCAGCAAGCUUCACUGCCGUGUGAGAAGAUGCUUUGGCAAUUCCUGAAGGUGACCUCAGAGCAUGACUCUAGACUGCAGUUCCUCAGGCUGUUAGGGUUCAGCAAAGAUGAUCUUCAGAAGAAGGUGGACACACGCCUGAAGAAUGACUUGAAAUUAGGGGGAAGCCCUCAGCUUGAGGCGGUUGACCUCAAAAGGGACAGACCACAACCCUUCUGCCACCAGGUCUCCAAACACACCACUGAGGAGGCCUCUGCGCCCUCAGCAUUCUUUGAUGAGCUGCUUCCUCAGAACAUGACUCCAUGGGAGAUUCCCACCACAGAAGACAUUGAUGGACUUCUGAGCCAGGCCCUGAUGCUUGGGGAACUGCGGCCUGCUGUGGAGCUGUGUAUGAAGGAAGAACGCUUUGCUGAUGCCAUCAUCCUGGCCCAGGCUGGGGGAGCAGAGCUGCUGAAGUGGACACAAGAUCACUACUUGGCCAAGAGGAGAACCAAAAUCUCUUCGCUUCUAGCCUGUGUUAUAAAGAAGAAUUGGAAAGACCUAGUAUGCGCCUGUAGCCUGAAGAACUGGAGAGAAGCCCUGGCCUUGCUACUGACAUAUUCAGGGCCAGAGAAACUCCCUGAGCUAUGUGACAUGCUGGGAACUCGAAUGGAGCAGGAGGGAGGCGGGACACUGGCCUCUGAGGCCAGACUCUGCUACGUGUGCUCGGGAAGUGUGGAGCGGCUGGUAGAGAGCUGGGCAAAAUCCCCCACAAAAGCCUCGUGCCCCAUGGCUCUGCAGGACCAGAUGGAGAAGGUGAUGAUACUUCGCAGGAGCUUGGAGCUACUGCAGGGUUCUGGCAAAAUGAGCCCAGGUCCUGCCACAGCCUACAGGCUCACCCAGUAUGCCAGUCUCCUGGCAGCCCAGGGCAGCCUGGCCAUUGCCAUGAGCUUCCUACCCAGUGACUGCAUCCAGCCAGAAGUUCAGCAGCUGAGAGAUCGGCUUUUUCAUGCCCAGGGUUCUGCUGUCCUGGGCCAGCAGGCUCCCACUUUCCCUUUCCCCCGGGUUGCCGUAGGAACUACCCCCCACCCAAAAGAGAUGUUAUCAUAUAGGAUGGGAUCCCAGCCUCCUCAUCAGGUCCCAGCUCCAUCUGUAAGGCCAAGCACCACAGCUCAGCCAUCACUAAUGAUACCCUUCACACCCUCCCUCCUCAGCCCCUCCCAGGGCUCACAGUCUCCAGGUGACUACAGGGUACCUGGAUCCCAGGCAACCCUGCCUCUGCAUUUUGGCCCUGGAGUAAGGCCUGCUUUAUCUCAGCCACAGCUGUUAGGAGGACAAAAUGCUCAGGCUGUGAAGCCGGUCGGAUGCUCUGGGACAUGGCCUCUUCCUGGUCCUCCAUCACUCACGGCAUCCCCAGACAUCAUGCAGCCUGGCUCUACCCCCCUGCCUGAGACUCCUAGACUACUCCCUCUGCCUCCAGUGGGACCAGCAGGUCCCAGCCCUCUGAGCUCCCUGCCCUCAGCCUCUCCUGCCAGUUUUCCUGUGGCUUACCCUCCUGGAGGGCCAGGGGCUCCGUGCUCCAGUAUCCAUCUGAGCACUGGCAUCUUGACUCCUCCUCCAGGAUCCCAGGAUGCCUGGCAAGUUGCUCCAGCCACCCAGGAAAACCUCCAGAGGAGAAAGUUGCCAGAGACAUUUAUGCCUCCGGCACCGAUUACAACUCCAGUUAUGUGCCUUGGCCCUGAGCCCGCACAGGCCCUGCUGCCCCAGCCCCAGGCCUCCAGUGUGGGCUGGUCUCCUCCCAGAGCCCCAGGAGAACGCUGCCUGCAGCAACUCCAGCAACCACCUCCUGAGAAGAAGGAGCUGCCCCCAGAGCACCAGUGCAUGAAGAGCAGCUUUGAGGCACUUCUGGGGCGUUGUUCCCUGUCUGCCACUGACCUAAAAACAAAAAGGAAGCUGGACGAGGCAACCCAGCGCCUAGAAGGUCUAUAUGAAAAGCUCUGUGAGGGGACACUCUCACCCCACGUCCUGGCUGGGCUCCACGAAGUUGCCCGAUGUGUGGAUGCAGGCAGCUUUGAGCAGGGCCUUGCAGUGCAUGCCCAGGUGGCGGGCUGUAGCAGCUUCAGCGAGGUGUCCAGCUUCAUGCCCGCCCUGAAGGCUGUCCUCACCAUCGCACACAAGCUGCAGGGCUAAGCCAGGCAGCCGGAAGGGAGAGUCUUUCAACAGACUGUUCAUUUCUCCCAGUCCUCUACCCUUGCUGCCAGGUAUACGAUGCUGGGGGCUUGGUUCCACACCAGCUGAGUGCCUGUUUCUUAACCCUUUAUGCCUGACCCCUGGCCUUCCCCAGGUGCUUUCAGCCUGGGAGGUAAAGCAUAGAGUAGGCUCUUACUUUCCCUAAUGUGGCAGUCCAAUUGGGCCUGCACAGAAUGUCUUACAGGGGAUGUUCUGUUCAGAUGGCUCCCGAGAGGGUAAACAGUGUCAUUAGUUCAGUCUGCCUCCGCAACCACCCAUCCUAUAGGUCUUUUUAUCCUUUCGCUUCUGGAGUUUGAGUCUCUGUACUUCCCCUCGGCCUCUGUCUUUGUAUUUUAAGGUCCACAUUUAUUAUAACCCCAGAGAUCUGGAGAGAACAACAUGUCGUGGGCAUGAGAAUUGAGUGUGGGUGUUGAGUAAAGUCAAGAGAGGAAACUGGCCCUUUAAACAUGGAACCUCUCCUGUGUUAGCGUUACUCAGGGUGGGCUGUGUUAGGUGGGAGAGGUGAAGCACCUUUUGUUUAGACUAUGAGGUAGAAGCCUGUGGAGCUGCAGUUCUCAGCCUGCGCCUCAUGACCCCUUUGGGGGUCUAAUGACCCUUUCACAGGACUGCCUAAGACCACGGGAGAACACAGAUCUUUAUAUUACAGUCACAACAGCAGCAAAAUUACAGUUAUGAAGUAGCAAGGGGAUACUGUUAUGGUUGGGGUCACACGGAGGAACUGUAUUAGGAAGGUUGAGACUCCUGCUGCAAAGAGUGACCUUUGACACUACCUAGGCCUGAGCCUGCCCAAGGCCUUAAACCAUCCCAGUCUGUGACUUUUAAGCCCGAUUCUGGAAUCAGAGCCGGGCUUCUCAAAGGAUCCAGGGCCCUCUUCCCCUCAGCUACCUUCUGUCUGCCUUCUCUGUCACAUUUUCAUGCUGACCUCUCAACAGGGCAAUAAAGUGAUCUGUUUUCCAGAGUCCUUUCCCAA